AUGACGACGCUCCUCCGCCGCAUCCUCUGCCGGGCGCCCACCGGCGCCUCCCUCUCCGGCCGCCUCCUCUCCACCUCCCGCCGCACCCCGCACCGCUUCCGCCGCAGCCACCGCGCCCCCACCUCCUCCCCCUCCCCGGACGCCGUCUCCGCGGCAAUCGCCUCCCUCCCCACCCGCCUCACCCCGCCGCUCCUCGCAUCCUCCCUCGCCGCCACCUCCGACCUCCGCCUCCUCUUCCCGCUCCUCACCCACUCCCUCAACCUGCCCACCUUCCGCCCCUCCCCGGCCCCCUUCCUCGUCGCCGUCAAGCGGCUCGGCACCGCCGCCCUCUACCACGAGUUCGACCGCACCUGCGCGCUCGUCUUCUCCCUCCUCCCGUCCCUCCCCUCCCCAGGUCCCCUCCUCCGCGCCGCGCUCUACUUCUACUGCGAGUUCCGCCGGCCCGGCAAGGCGUUCCACGUCUACACCCUCAUGCGCGCGUCCGCCGACCCGGCGGCGCGCCCCGACGCCGGCACCUACCACACGCUCUUCGCCACGCUGCUGGCGCGCGGGGGCAGCGACUCCAUGGUCCACUACAUGUACAUGGACACCGUCGCCGCGCUGUUCCGGCAGAUGCUGGAGGAGGGGAUCGCGCCGGACACCCGGGCCGUCAACGUGCUCGUCAGGGGCUACGCGCAGUCGCUGCACCUCAACGACGCGCUGCGCGUGUUCCACCAGAUGGCGCCGCACUACGGGUGCCAGCCCGACGCCUUCACGUACAGCUACCUCGUGCACGGGCUCAGCGCGCAGGGCCGGACGAAUAACGCACGGGAGCUGUUCGACGAAAUGCGGGGGAAGGGGAUGGUGCCAACGGAGCAGGCCUGCAACGCGUUCGUCAGCGCGCUCGCGGUGGCCGGGGAGGUCGCGGAGGCUGAGCGGGUGAUGUGGGAGCUGGCAGAGGCGGGGAUGGUGGUGGAUCAUAUCACGAGGAGGGCGGUGGUGGAGGAGCUGGGCAGGGCGGGGAAGAGGGAGGACGCUGACAGAGUGGUCAGGGAGAUGGAGGAGAUGGGCAUUCUCAGAGUAGCCGAGCGGCAAGAGCUCCUGGGUUCAAUCCGCGACGAGUGCGGCGAUGGCGACUACAGUACUGACGAGAGCAUGAGGGGUGGUGAUUGGCGACGGCGAAGAGGUUAGCAGAGAAUGUCGUAGGUUGAUCUGUGCAUGAGUGCAUCGGAGCUCGUCGAAGAAAGGAGAUAGUACAUGCCUAUUGACAAAAUGACAAUGACAAGUAGUUCCCUGUGCUUUUGGCUA